AUGAAAAAAGGACUGGAUGGAAAUGUAUCCACAAAACUGCUGCGGGAUCUAUCAUUUAAACCAAGGUUUCGUCAAAGUUAUGGCAGUAAUGAUUACUACUAUAAUUUCAUAUUGAAAUACAAAGAAGCUUGGGAGAGUAAGCUAUUUUAUGUUGACGAGUCUACAGUCUCAAAUAUGUUAGAAACAUACCCGAAGCUCCAAAAAGUAAUUCCCGAGGUUCGUGAUGUUGAUGAGAAGCUCCCCGAUACGAAGAUAUCCCCCCUACUUAGCGAGGAUGAAGUUACCGGUUUCGGAGUCAAGGAUCUGUCAUUGAGGAUAUUUCUAGAACAUGGUGAUAGAAGGGAACCUAUAGAUAUAGGAUUUGGCCACGCAAUAGAUUUGAAAAACCAUGUUAACAGAAAAGGAUUAAUAUUAAAUGCGGGGGGCCAUAUAACGUCUAUGAAAUGGUUGAUUUCAAGACACUCUCAAAAAUACCAAUAUCUUGCUGUUUCCGUAAUAAGUAAUAAAGGUGGGAUCCUGAACAAUAUCAACAAUACUCAAUUGAGUUUAUUUCAUAAGGGAGUCGAAAAGGAUGCACUAAAAUCGGGUAUACAGAUAUGGAAAUAUGAUUUAGAAGGAAAUGCAUUAGUACUUGAUCAGUUUUAUUUAACGGAUACGAUAGGAGCAACCUCAAAUUUAGAGUGGGUGCCAAUAGAAAUAGGUGGCGAUACUGAUACUAUUGGGGUGUUAGGUGGAAGUUUUACUGAUGGACAAUUUCAUUUAGUGAAAAUCAAAAAAACGCAACAUAAUACUACUUUUUAUGGGCGAAUAAAAGAGCCUUCUUUGACUUAUAAAAUCCAAGGUUUUUCUUCCAAAAAUUCUACUGAUUUAGUUGCUAUAACUUGUUACGAUUAUCUAAACAAAGAUAGAUUUAUCGUUGGUUUGACUAAUGGAUCCAUAGCAGAAUUUCCGUUGCCUUUUGCUGAAGACCUUAACGAUAGUGACAGCAGUGAAGAAGACUAUGAAAAGCCCAGUUUUAUCCAAAAAGUUGCAGAUACAGCAAUUGUGUCUGUGUCGAUAAGUGAGCUCGAGGCAUCGAGGUAUACUUUGAUUAUCAAUACUUCAGGUAUUCAGUGUUUUGCAUUGGAAUAUAAUAAUUUCCGCCAAGGCUAUCUUAUUUCAGCUCCUACAAAUUCUUUCUUGAAACCUUCGAAAAACCAUUUACUAAAUGCAACGCUAGGCUCUUAUUCUUCGGACACUGUCAGUUUGAGUUUCUUGAGAAAUCCUCAAGACACCCUUAGCGUGGUUUUAAAAGUGGAUGGAAUUGUUUCUUCAGUUCUGCUGUCUGAAAUCUUAGGACAUCCUUUAGGUCUCGUUGGAAGUACUCAAGGUGAUAUUUAUAUUCUUAAUUACGCAAGGAAAUUCUUGAAUGGAGCAAAAACAACUAACAAAAGUUUAGUACCAUUAAAGCUAUGGAAAUGUUCUAUGGAUAAUAAUGAUAUUGUUGUAUCAAGCAAUUUAGUACCUGUUACCGUUGAUAAAUCGAAUCAAAUCAAUAUAGCACCUCCCCAGAUACUGAUAUCUGCUAUAGCAUGGAAUGAAAAUAUAGCUGGAAGUUCGAUCUAUACGGCUGGUUCAAUAAGUGGUCUCUUGUUAUUAGAGAGACUUGAUCCAAAGGUUUGA